ACGAGUAACAAUUGUACCAUUUAAGCAGAAGAUUAUAAGUAGCUGUGCCGCAGACGACAUAUGACAACUCAGGACGUAACUGCUUACCUUUUUGAACAGGUGUUCUCUACAGGUAGUCGUACCGGCUUCACCUAUAACUAAUUAGAAUACUAUGAACGUUUAUAUGGAGACGGAACCGCUACAGGAACAGUGUGCGGUAAACAGCCAGUAACUGUGGUCACAUUGGACAUAGACUCUCCACAUUGCUAGAAUGGUGUCUUCUAACAACAUUUGUAUGAAUCUCUCGAGACCGGAUGUGGCAUAUAUGUAUACUAGCAGCCCACAGCAUGGACGGACAUAACGUAUUAAGCUUAAUUUCCUGAGUGUGCCUGUGUAUUGUGACUGAACGUCAGAUUUAUAGGAAAUCCAUUUUAAAUCCAUUAUAACCAACACGGAACUUUUGUUUCAUGAUGUUGGUGUCAUACAAAAGUGUUAAGUGUUUGCUCAAAUUUCUGCUUCUCCUCACUGUGUUCCUAAUCCAUGCGGACGGAAAACAUCAAAGAUGGUACCUGCUAGGGUGUCACUGUCGCAAUUGGUCUAAAUGGCAGUUUAGAAAAAGCUUUAGAGACAGUGUACUCAGUAUGUACCGGGGAUUGUUCAUGAACCCUCGUGACCUGCGUCAACUUCCGGUCAUAAAACCGGAAGGUGUAAGAGGUCAUGGUUUAAACUCCUACGUAGAUGGAAUAAGGCCUCGUCCCGGUCCUGUUCCUAACUCCAAGAACUCUUGCUGUUUUACAGAUUAUGCGUACGAGGUAUUCAAUACGACCGUAAGCUCCAGUUUCCAGCUGAAUGUCGUCCACUUUAAAAAUGCGUUUCAGUUUGUGCCAACUGGACGGUGUGCGUCAAAUGUGAGCUGCGGAGUAGGACAGUGUUUACAAAUGUAUCGUCACCAUUGGAUGUUAGUAUGGGACGAUAACCUCCCCCAUUACCCGCCCGUCACGUUCCUGCCGGUCGAAGUACCCUCCCACUGUGAGUGUGUCAACGUGGGAAGGAGUACAUCCUCAUCUUAAGUGCAAAAUGCACUGUCGUUUUGAUGAACAAUUAGUGACGUCAUGGGUAUAGCGUGCUUGGGCUGAUAUUUAAUGGUGUCAAGGGUUAUGGCGUACUUGAAUACAAAUUUACCGAUGUCGGAAGGAUUGCGUGUUUCGAUUCUUAACCACUGACGUCAGUGAUGCGUGACUGGAUGCAGAUUUACUGACGUCGAAGUUUUGCGUACUUGAUAACCAUUGACGUAAAAAAAGGCCCUUCGGGGCAGAUAUACGCUUAUUAGAUUCAACGCACGCAGCUUAGUGGUCAAAUGACUAUUCCAAGGGUACGUGAGCCCACACCUAUUGGUAGAAGUAUAGGCUACCGUGUGUAACAGGACUAGCCGGUGGUGAGAUACUCAUACGCGUAUUGCUUUUAUAUGCUUUAAAUCAAAUUGUGAUAUGAUAAAAUAUGUAUUUGAUACAUAAUUGUUGACAAUGUGCAAAUUAGGUAUCUGCAGAUGGGACAGUAGUUGUACUGGGAAUUUAUCGGUGACAUUUGAACGCGAGGCAAUGAUUUUUAUUAAGGAGCAGGCUAUGCUUACGGACAUAUUCUGAGAGAUUUAUAUCAACAGAUCUCUGUUUGUGUCACAGAGGAAAACUACUAAUGCAUUAAAAGGAUGGCUAUCGUAAAGAAUACUUCUUGAAGAAUGAAUAAUAUUGCCUAUUUUAAAUAUUUUUAAAUGGAUCCAUUGUAAGUAAAAAUGCGUGAUAGUAGUUCAAAUAUUUAUUACGUUGCAACUCACACGGAAGUUUGUCUGGUUCUGUAUUACUUAAGUACGGGAUACUUAAUAUGAUGUUGUAAGGACGCUUAUAAUAUAAGGCAAUUGCGAAUUCCAUUAGUUUAAGCCAAGUUUGUAUGAAACUUGUCCCAACUUGUAUGUUGUGUAAUAUUUUAUUACAACCAACUAUUCUAUGAUAAAAUAUUAAAUUAUAUGUGCUAUGCCAAUUUUUCGUAUUUGUUUUAUAAAAUGUAUUAUUAUUAUGCUGUGAAAUCAUAUAUGUAUGCAGCGUGUAUGGUAAAAAUUACAUCACUAUAAUUUAGUACUGCUUAUUGUUACACUCUGCAUAUAUGUCACUCGCCGAUAAGAUAUGCAUAUUACAUGUACGUUUUAUGUAUAUCGAUGUCUCCCGCGAAUAUUAUACCAUGUAUAUUACCAUUUAUUACGUAAAACUAUAUAUGUUUAUGCUUUGUACACAUACUAUGUUAAGAGUUCAAUGUAAGCUAUAAAUAUAUAUAUGUAUGAUAUUCGCAUAGAUGUUAACUGAUAAUGUCUUACUACAAAGCAGUGUUCGAUCCUUUAAAAGUAAUAUAACGUAAAAGCGGAUUCUUUUGCGGUGAGUAAAUUAGCACGAAAAUAUCUACACACGAAUAAUUAUGUAUAAUUAAUAGAAAAUAUAGAUAUGCAGAGUAAACAGAUGUAAACAUCAUUGCAAACCCGAAAAUGUCCACGCUGCAAUCAGUUUAAGAAGGGAGUAAAUUUUAACUUUUACAUUUUUAGUUAAAUACCUAAUAAAUAGGUUUUUGUUCACUGAUUUAAUUUACGAUCUGAAACAAAAACGAGCUCCGAAUGUUUCACGAUAUUGUUACAAUACAUAUUUUUGUCACUCGCAACAUAGUUGUGACCAUCAUCGUAGCUUGGCUCAUGUUUGAGCAUCAUGUAACAUGUCAUCGGCAAUGUGUUGUAUUGAUUAUGAUUGUCACUUGUCAAUGUCACAUAUGUGCAGAUGUUGUGAUUCGAUCUGGUAGGGUUUAAUGAGUAUGUUCGGCUUUCGGCUAAAAUUACAUCUAAUAUUCUAAGUGUUUGAAAAAAAUCAGCUGAACAUUUCAAUGUUCCUGCUAUCCUUUAUAUCUGGUUUCCAUUUUAUAUAUUUAUCUAUAAAUCCCCCUAGAAUUUUGCUACCAUUGAACCUUCACUAUUUGUUGGUCUUUUAAUGAUUAUAAUAAUGCCAAAAAGUUAAAAUAUAUUGUCUCUUAAGAUUCAUAUAUGUCUUUAGUCUAUUUUGUUUACUUAAAGUCAUGUUGUUUCUGUUCACUUUCUUUUGUCAAUGCGUCCCGUAUUGUUGCGUUUGCAAGUAUACUUUCAUUAUGUAUGUAGUCGUCUGGUUGAUACAAAACAAUUCAGUUUUUAUUGUAUUCAUAUCACGUAUUGCAUAUGAAAUCGACGACUCAACCCAAAUCUUAAUCAUAAUUUGUCGAGAUGUCGUGACCACUGUCAA